AGGAGGGCCUCCACCCUGGAAGCCCUGUGCCCCUGCCUCCCCAGGUGAGGGGCGUGGUGAGGAAGCGGGGAAAGCCCCAGUCAAGGGCAGGGGAGUGCAGCCAGGGCUGGGGUGCUGCUGGGGAAUUCCAGCCUUCCGGGUGCCCAAGGCCUCCCCUCCUCCCCACAUGGGCAGGGCGGUAGUGGGACCCGGGGUCACACCCAGCAGACUCCACAAGCCCGUCACGGACAUCUGGGGAGGUCACCAGGAUGGCGGGAGCCCGGCACCCAGUGUGUGUGAGCGGGGCAGCUCUGGUGCAGACAGAGAGGCUCCAGCAGAUGUUCGCCUUCUCUGUGUGCUGGUCGGAUGACAGCGACAGCUUCGUACGCAGAAGCUGGGAGGACUUCAGGAAACUCCAUAAAACCCUCAAGGAGACCUUCCCAGUGGAGGCGGGCCUGCUGCGGAGGUCUGACCGCGUUCUCCCCAAGCUCCCAGCCGACGCACCCUGGCUGGUGCACCGAGGCCGCACCAGCCGAGGCCUGGCCCGCCUGCAGCUGCUGGAGGCCUACCUGAGGGCGCUGCUGGCGGCAGGGGAGCGUGUGUCCCGCAGCCCGGUGCUCACUGGCUUCCUCGCGCCACAACCUGCGGACUUGGAGCCUAUGCUGCCACCUGGCAGCCUGGUGAUCCUGCCCCCCCUGCAAGAACCCCCGCCAGGCCCCUCAGGCAGCCCUGCCAUCCGCACCCUGGAGGCCCAGAGCCUGCGCUGCCUGCAGCCCUUCAGCACCCAGGAUACGCGGGGCCAGCCCUUCCACACUCAGGCCCAGGAGGCCCUGGAUGUGCUGCUACGACACCCCUCAGGCUGGUGGCUGGUGGCGAAUGAGGACCAGCAGAUGGCGUGGUUUCCUGCUCCCUACUUGGAGGAGGUGGCCCCACACCAGGGACAGGGUGGGGGACAGCCCCUGGGGAUAAACGGGCCCCAGUUCUGUGCUGUCCGCGCCUAUGAGAGCAGCCGGGCUGAUGAGCUGUCCGUGCCCGCAGGGGCACGCGUGCGUGUACUGGAAGCCUCUGACCGAGGCUGGUGGCUGUGCAGGUUCCGAGGCCGCACCGGUCUUCUCCCAGCUGCAACGCUGCAGCGUGAUGGGCUGGGCACCCUCCUCAGUGGGCCGUGGCUCCACCACGGGGCUGGCACUGCGGAGGGUGGGGAGGGCAAGGCCCACGGCUCCCCCAGGUCCCCCCAGGCCGCGAUGCUUCCGCCUCCUGUGCCUACCCGGCCGCCUCUGAGCACCAUUCAAAGCCGCUGCUGCACCAUCACCCGUAAGGCACUGCAGCGGGACCCAGGGCGGCAGGGAGCCCUCUGAGAGAGCGUGGUCCAUCGUGGAGGGCGGUGCUGUGCACCCCAGGGACCACCCCAGACUCCAGAGCCCAGGGACGACCGCUGGCAGCCGCCUCAGCCUCAGGGCCGUGGGAGGAGCAGUGGAGGUGGGGCUUGCUGGGCUGUGCGCCCCCGGGGUGCCCUGAGUAAAGCUCUCCUGACUGAC